GUCAUCGGCUGGAUGAUGCAACAGUCAGAACUGCGUAUCUCCACUCACCUGACGAGAGAGGCUUUCCAAGCUGCACCUGCCUCACCCCUUUGUCCAUUGUCUGGACCGCGGAGGGCAGCCAGUUCCUCUCGUGAUGGGGGCUCUGUUGCAUCCUCCAAGUCCCACUUCCCACACAAGGCAUUCUGGGUCAGCCUCUCAGCCUCUCUGCUCCUGGUCGUCAUCGCCCUCGGUGUGAUUGGGCAUCUGCGACUGUCGCAGCCUCACUCUGAGUCUUUGCAGCUUGUCCGAAUCACAGUUCCAGAUCAGACCGGAGUUCUGAUCAACCAGUCAGCUAUUGUGGACCAGCAGAAUGACUUGGUGACUUUUUCUGUGACCUCACCCACAAAUCAGACGUCCACUGUGAUGUUUGAUAUCAAACAUGGUUUGAUAUGUUACAAACCUGUCAACCAGGAGAGCUGCUUCCUGCGAAAGAUGGAGAAGUCUGACUAUGACAACGUGCACUCCCUCCUCAACGACUCCGCACACAAGCAGAGUCAGUUCCAGCUGUCCGGGAAUGAGACCCAGAGGCAGACGGAGUUCCUGGGGGUGAUGGCAGCCAGUCAGGUGGAUGUGUCCACACUGGAGGAGCCCCUCCAGGCUCUGUGUCAGGACAGCUCCGUCCACUGGACCAGGAGGGUCGAGGGCCCGGGGAAACAGAGGCUGGUCUACUUCUGCAUCGACAUCUGCUUUCCCAGCAACAUCUGCGUGUCCGUGUGCUUCUACUACCUGCCCGAGUGACUGUGCGUUCUCUUCCUCUGCUCCCAGCGAGAGAUCAGGGAAACAAAGUUGUCUUUUUAGCUCCCUCUACAAGAAAAAAAAAAUACACAGAACAAAAGCCAGCUUUGACUGUUUCCUUUGUGCCAUACAGCCGCCAGUAAACCAGUGAAGCAGCCAACCCUCCCAGUCCAUUUAUUCCCAUCCUUCCGAGAGAGAAGAGAUGGAGACAGGCUGUCAUGGUUAUCGCCAAAGCCCCAUCGUCACUCUCUUCAUGUGUAAUACCCUCUCUGGUGGCACACUUCAGAGAUUACAGAAGAAAGAUCCCCUGUUUUUGUAUUUCCUGUAACCCACUGCUGCAGUAUAACUAUGUGUAAUCGUUCCUGUUGUGAUGAGAGUGUUUUGAUCUGUCCAAUAAAAGACUGUUGUGUA